AGAAGGCAUCACUGACUGUCUUCUUCUUAUCUCUCUGCUGCUCGAGACUCAGGAGCUCCUUCCCUCGAUAACACCAGUUGCCAACCAAUGCAACUCGUAUGUGGCAGGUGGUAGAGGAAAAUGGUCGGAUUUGAAGAGGGAAGGGGAGGGAUGGGGUUGGUCAAGAUUUUACUGUUUCUGCUGACAUCCACAUCAAUGGUUUCAAUAAGAACAGAAAGUAGAUCAACAAACACAACUUUUCCUCUGCCUUUUUUCUGCCCAAAAAGUUGUGGGAGUACAAGCUUCGAGUAUCCUUUCGGCAUCGGCGAUGGCUGUUUCCGGACAGGCUUUAAUCUUACCUGCAGAAACCAUUCCACCAGCGCUCCCAGGCUUUUCCUGGGUGAUGGCACCAUCGAGGUAACGAGAAUUGAUAUGAACCAGAGGUCCGUAUAUAUCAAAUCACCAUCUGUCGUCAUGGGUGUCGACGAUAAGUUUAAACGCGCCUCACUGAUUGACCUGGAGAAUUGGCCUUACUCUUUUGAGUUAAUGGAACAGAUGACACGUAAUUCUUAUCAAGGAUUGACAUCUAACAGACUUUACGUUCUGGGUUGUAGCGCUAUGGCCAAGCUAGUGGAUCGUACCACCAAUAAAACCAUUAGCGCUUGCUUUAGUAUCUGCGCUGCCGGUGAUCCGAGUCAAUAUUCAGAGUGGUCCGACAUUAACAAUAGAUAUUGCACAAUGAAUCUAUGGUCUAAGAAUUUGACUGCCUUAGAGAUUCAGCUAACUCGAAUCGACCAAACCGAGUUACACUUGGUGAAUACCACCAGCAUCAAGGUUAUGAUGUUUGAUGAUGAAAAUGAUGAUCUCGAAGGAGUAUUAAACGGAAGUAGAACGAAUGUGGAGGCCACCCUGGUAUGGUACAUGAAUGAUCAUCUUUCAUGUGAAGAGGCCAUGAAUACGGAUACAUACGCUUGCCUCAGUCAAAAUAGUCUUUGUCAUAAUAUCUUUCUUGAUACGGCCUACCUUAAUAAGAGCAUUGGAUAUUUAUGUCGUUGUUCCGCAAGUUAUCAAGGCAAUCCCUAUGUACCUAGUGGCUGUCAAGAUAAAUCUUUUACACCUGCUGCUGCUGCUCCUGCUGCUGCUGCAAACGGCUGUCUUACUAAAUGCGGGAGUAUUGACGUCUUCUUUCCAUUUGGGCUGGAGAAAGGUUGUUAUAGGGACGACUCAUUUGCUCUGACAUGCAAUACUACAUCCAAUCCUCCCACCCUCCUUUUAGAUUACCUUAACAUAGUGAAUAAUAUAUCGCUGGAGGAAGGCCAAUUGGAACUCGAGGAAAAAGACAGUUUCAGCUACAUUGGCAAUAGCACCAGACCUUUCGUCUUUUUUAAAGGUCAGACCAUCGUUAGUUGGGUGAUCGAGUUGCAGCUUUGCGAGGAUGCUAAGAAGAACACGACCACCUUCGCAUGUGUCGACGCUCACAGCUCAUGUAUCGACACAACAAUUACUAACGACGAUGGCAAGUUUGUGGGAUACCGUUGCAAAUGCUGGCAAGGUUACCAAGGAAAUCCUUACAUGCCUAAUGGAUGCACAGACAUCAAUGAGUGCAACUCUCCCGAGAAAUAUCUUUGCUAUGGGAUUUGUACUAAUACGGAUGGCGGAUAUACUUGCACUUGUGCAGCGGGCACAUAUGGUGAUCCUAAACUUGCACCCUGCAUUCCCAACAACAAAAAGCAGACUCUUCUGUUAGGUGUCAUCAUUGGUGAAAGCACCGGCAUAGGCCUACUACUCUUAUGUUCGACUCUCCUCAUUUUGAGAAGGAAAUGGAAAAAAAGAAAACAAAAGAAAACUAGAGAAAAAUACUUCCAUCAAAACCAUGGUUUACUGUUACAACAGUUAAUCUCAACUAGUGAAGAUUUUAGUGAGAGAACAAAGAUAUUUUCUCUGGAAGAGAUGGAGAAGGCAACUAAUAAUUUUGAUGAGACUCGUGUGCUCGGCUGCGGCGGACAUGGAACGGUUUACAAAGGAAUUUUGUUGGAUCAGCAUGUGGUCGCCAUCAAAAAAUCUAAAAAUGUGAAACAGAGUGAGAUAGACCAGUUCAUCAAUGAGGUUGCAGUUCUUUCUCAUAUUAAUCACAGGAAUAUAGUUAAGCUUUUCGGGUGUUGCUUGGAAACUGAAGUUCCCUUGUUGAUCUAUGAGUUUAUCUCGAAUGGGACUCUUUUAGAUCAUCUACAUAUUCCAGACGGCUACUCUAUAUUAUCAUGGGACGAUCGCCUGAGGAUUGCUGUUGAGGCUGCCGGAGCGCUCGCUUAUUUACACUCGGCUGCUUCAAUUUCGAUAUUUCAUAGAGAUGUCAAAUCAUCAAAUGUUCUCUUAGAUGAUCAUUUAACGGCAAAAAUAUCAGAUUUUGGAUCUUCAAGACUUAUUCCACUCGACCAAACUCAUUUACUCACUGCAGUACAAGGCACCUUUGGAUACCUUGACCCGGAGUACUAUCAGACCAGUCAGUUGACAGAGAAGAGCGACGUUUAUAGCUUCGGAGUCAUUCUUCUAGAGCUUUUAACUGGUAAAAAGCCAAUUUUCUCCACCGAAUAUGAAGACAGACUGAAUCUAUCGAUGCAUUUUCAUCAAACGGUGAGAGCGAAUCGUCCCUUUGAUCUUAUAGAUGAUCUUGUUAUGAAAGAAGCGACCGAAGAAGAGCUCAUCGACAUGAUUGGAUUGGUAGAAAUGUGUUUAAGAUUGAAAGGGGUUAAACGGCCUACGAUGAAAGAGGUGGAGUAUAAAUUACAGAACUUGAGAAGGAUCAGACUGAAAAAAACAGGACAUUGUUUGGUUAAAGGUGACGAAGAAACAGAGCAUCCGCCGAGAGACUCGCCUUAUGCCUUCUCUGAAGUCGUCGACCCAGCAAAUCAAGGUACAUCCAGGAAUUAUACAUUAGAGAAAGAAUUUAUGUGGUCGCAUCAUUGCCCACGGUGAGUUUGUAUUAGAUGUCCACAUCUUUAUUGACUCUUCGAAUGCUACCGAAUAAGCUUCCUUCUGCUUGAGGAUCGCAUGUAAUGGUUAUAUGGGUAAUAUUAUGUUCCAAACAUGUUCCUAAAACAGUUUCCAUCUUAUGGCUCUAUCACAUAUAUGAUCGAGUUGGUGGGAAUGGCAUGUAGAAUUAGUAGGUAUGUGUCUGUACUUUACUUGUAUUCGACGUCCAAAUCUUUAUUGGCUGCUUGAAUGAUACUGAAUAAGCUUCCUUCUGCUUGAGGAUCGUAUGUAAUGGUUAUAUGGGUACUGUUAUGUUUCAAACUUGUUGCUAAAACAGUUUCUGACUCUA